GUCAAGCAUUUUAAAUUGAUCAAGCUUCUGUAAUCUUUGUAAAAACUUGUUUUAUUCAAUACUAAAUAUUAGAUACUAAAUACUUUUGCCAUGCAACCCUGUCAAAUUGUAGAAUGUCAGUCGAAAACGAAAUUGCGAAACUCAGCUAUAGGAAGUUAAAGUAAAGCGUAAAUUCUAUUUUGUAUCGUAACUAGUGGAUUUUCAUCAAGAAUUCUUUAACAAAUUAGAAAUAUUAUUGUUUAACAUUAAAUAUUUUAUCGUUGAAAAGAAAUUCAAUAAAAUUUAAAAUAUUCCUAAGCUGUUGAAAACAAAUUAAAUCUAAACCGUGGCACUUGGAGUGCAAAACAUGGGACAGUGUGGUGGCGAACUCGUCAAGCUAGUCCUGCUAACGUGUGUGCGUGAAUUGAGGAAAAAAAUGAUUGCCCAUUGACCACAGGGAAGAAAAUGAACAUGUAAAAUAAAACGUGCAGUACAGAAAAUUGCUAAAAAUAGUAACGAAUGUAGAAGCGAAAAUAAAGUGCUCAAAGUGCUUGAAGUGAAAAUAUAUAAUAGUUUUGUUAAAUAUAAACAAAAAAUGCAACGAUAAGUGUUUAAAGAAAAUUAAUUACAAAGCAAAUAAUUCAAUUAUCAAAGUAAUGCAUAAUUUGUAGUGGCAUAACAGAAAUAUACAAUUAUUGCGGCUUCUUGAGUGUCCUCCUGCAGCGCAACUGAUUGGGUCAUCUUUAAUUUAUUGAUAAUAAUUAACGCAUUUGCACUAACAUUUGUGCUGCAUACAAACAAUUCAACUGUAAAUAUUGUAAAAUAAAAUAAAAGCAUUGAAAAUGCUUUUGAAGUGUGCCCGAACCAGCGGAAGCAAUGCAGCAGAAAGCAGCACCAGUUCUUCCAUUGCGGCGAAACCCCGUGU